ACGAAAAGCUCAAAUCAGAUGUCAGUACCACAAACAAAUUUUAUUUAAAAAAAUCAGUAUGUUGUAGUGAAAAUCCUAUUCGCGUGACUAUGCCGGGCUCGAUUUGCUGCCGUAAAGAGUCGCUUAACCACGCUCAUGUUUCUAAAGAGUAUGUUUAAGUCGAUUCUUAUUGGGCUCCCCGUCGGCCUAACCCUGCUGGACACCGUAGGGUAUGUGGCCCGGGUCGAGGGUAUAUCUAUGCAGCCAGCGCUCAAUCCAGAAGCGAAAAACAUGGACUACGUGUUUUUAUCGCGAUGGGCGAUCAGAGACUUCAGUGUGAAGCGAGGUGACGUUGUAUCGCUGGUGUCGCCGAAAGAUCCUAACCAGAAGAUUAUCAAGCGUGUGGUAGCGCUCCAGGGUGACGUGGUGAACACGCUGGGCUACAAAAGCCAGUACGUGAAGGUUCCCGAAGGCCACUGCUGGGUGGAAGGCGAUCACACGGGCCACACGCUUGACAGCAACACUUUCGGUCCAGUGUCACUAGGUCUGUUAAACGCGAAGGCUGUAGCCAUAGUGUGGCCUCCCGAUCGAUGGCAGCAACUCGAAGCUAAAUUGCCGGCACAUAGAAGACCGAUCAGCAUGCCUGUGUAGUCAAUGUUAUGUUUAGGACCACAAGAGUUACAUCAAUGUUUACAACUGCCGAAUGUUUUAUUACAUCUUGAUGUUUCUAGUGGUUCUAUAGUGGAAAUUUUAGCCUGUAUAAAAUAGGUGAUAAUGAUUGUGAAAUCUACCUUCAGUUACUUAAAUUAGGGGAAGUUUGUUGCUGUAUUAUAGACAUAAGCUCCAAGCCUUUAGUUGUAAUGAUUUACUUGUCUGCAUUUGCUAAAUGUUUUUGUUUAUGGGCCAUUCUAUUUAAAGUUGUACACUACACUUUAAUUUUUUUUUAGAAAUUUUUAUGUUAUUUCUACUCAAGCUCUUAUAAAGGUAUAAUAAAGGGUUCCUAAGAUUUUUUUUCCAUUCUGUUACCAUUUUUUAUAGACUUUAUAUGUUGGUAAUGAUUUUUUUUAAUGGAUGGAACAAAACAUUUAUGGAAAGUAGAAAUAACAUAAAAAAUCCUGAACCUAAAAAAAAGCCCCGAUGCAUUACCCCCUUAUUCAUAAAUGUUUACUAAAGUUGACAAGCCGAUAAUAAUCGUUUGUCCCUUUCCGACGUAUUGGUAUGAUGGAAAGUGACAAACGAUUAUUAUCGGCUUGUCAACUUUAGUAAAUGUUUAUGAAUAAGGGGGUUGGUGUUUAGCCAAUAUAGCCAAGUAACCAUCCUAGAAGUAAUGCCAAAUUAACUGAUCUUGAUUUUAGAUCUCUUAAUAACUAGUCUAUUUGUUUCUGUUUUGCUUCCUAUUAACUAUGAUAGCAUUAUUACAGAUGUGCAUAAUUAUUUCCCUUAUUAUUUUCACGGAAACAUACGAACAUGUCUCACUAUUUAGAAGUAGCACGACAAAUACGAAUGUUUCCAAGAAACUAUUAAGGAAAACAGUUAUGCACUACAUCUUUACCUUUUACAUAAUAUUGUUAUUGGUUGAAACCAGUGGCGGAUUUGCAGUCUUUGCCGCCCUAGGCCCCAGGCCCUGUAGCCGCCCCUUUCAAGGCACCCAUAAUAUGUACUACAUUUUGAGUUAUUUUUUUUACCAUCAGCAAAUUUUUUGUCACAAUUUGCCGCCCCUAAAUAUCUUGCCGCCCUAGGCCUGGGCCUACUGUGCCUUAGGGCAAAUCCGCCAUUGGUUGAAACCUCAAUGUCAAACUAGUGUUUCUGUAAACAGGUUUGAAAAGGUGACCUAGCUCAAUUGUUUCUGUUGUUAAACUGAAGGGACUGUAUUCUGUAAUCAAAUUAACUUAUUUAAAUUUCAUUGCAACUAAGUACAGACAGCGACACUCUUUAACUGUCCAUCAAUGGACCUUAUGCCUAUUGUAAUAAGGUUUACAAACUAUCAGUUAACAGUGUGGGUGAUGGUACUGCCUUUAACACAUUCACUGCCCCCAACGCACAUGUGCGUUCACCGUCAUACAAAUUUGUUCCUAGGCCACACCACCUGUCAGUGAAUGUACGAAAAUAGCUUCUGAUAAGAGGCUAUAAUAAAAAAUAGUAUAAUUAACUGUAAUGCGAUAAAUCAAUGAAAUUAAAGGUACAAGAAAGGAGGUUUCAAGAAAGUUAACUGUAUAGUAAUUAUAAUGGUUGAAUAAAAAAAA